CCCGGCAUGGCGGCGUGCGGCGCUCGGCCGCCCUUCGCGCACGCGCUGAGCCGCUGGCGCCCGGCCCGGGCGCAGGCCCGAGGCCUCCAGGCCGGGCCGCCCAAGCCGCGCAACUGCUGGGGGUUCCUGGGGCGCCCGCUGGUGGCGCCCCCGCAGCCGCCCUACGAGCGCGUGUGCCAGGCCGGGCACCCGGUGCUGCGCGGCGCCGCCGCCGCCGUGGAGCCCGCGCUGCUGGGCGGCGCCGAGGUGCAGCGCCUGAUCCGCGCGCUGGUGCGGGUGAUGCGGCGGCUGCCGAGCCAGGGGCUGAGCGCGCCGCAGCUCGGGGCGCCCCUGCAGGUCUUCGUGGCGGAGCUGCCGGAGCGGCUGCUCCUGGAGACCAGCCCGGGCCUGCGGGAGGCCAGGCAGAUGGCCCCGUUCCCGCUCCGAGUGUUCGUGAACCCGGCCAUGCGGGUGCUGGACUCCCGCCUGGUCUCCUUCCCCGAGGGCUGCGAGAGCAUCGCGGGCUUCGCCGCCUCGGUGCCCCGCUACCGGGCGGUGCAGGUGUCAGGCCUGAAUGAGGCAGGAGAUCCCGUUUCUUGGCAGGCAAGCGGGUGGGCGGCCCGCAUCGUCCAGCAUGAGAUGGACCACCUGCAGGGCAUCCUGUACAUCGACAAAAUGGAGAGCCAGACCUUUGUGAACACGCGCUGGACGGAGGUGAACGAGUGAGCCCCUCACGGGCGGCUGGAGUGACCGGCUUGGGUUGUAAUGGGGUGUGUCUUCCACUCUCCUACCGACAGCAAGGAAAAUAA